UAUUUAAGAAUGUAUCGUAGAAAUACUCAUAUACUGGCGGUUUCAGAGAUCGUUGGGAAAAGCUUAAAAUGAUUAUUGGAUAAAUGUACACGGCUGGGUCGACGUCAUUGCGGACACAGUACGUUGUGUGGCAGUCAACAGGCAGUCUUAUUUUGCUCUAUUUUGUUAUAUAUACGACUGGGAGGUACGUGGAUGAGGUGAAGAGGAUCUAAAAGACUUGUUGGAAUCGCAGGUGAAAUAAACUGUAAAUCCGAUUUUGAUAUCAGAAUACAGACUUGGUCUAACAUUUACCUGUUCUUGUUUUAACUCAAAGUGCACACAGAGUGGACAUCUGCGGAUGCUGAUAAAAUGGAUUAUUUUGACCAUUUAGAGGAUUUUUUAAAAGAAUUUGAAAACAAAUCUGAAAACCUUUCGGCGGUGGCUGCGUUCCAGUUGCACAUGACAAACGACACGAACGCUACCAAGAUUAGUAAGCAUGUCGUUGGGAAUAUUGUUUUGAUCACGGCAUACGCUAUUUUGAUGUGCAUUUCUUUAUUUGGAAACAGCAUAAUCUGCUACGUAAUCAUUCGCAAUAAACGAAUGUACACGGUGACCAAUUUUUUCAUAGCCAACAUGGCUAUAUCUGACUUGUUCGUCACGUGUUUCAAUGUCCCAUUCAACAUUGCUAGACACCUAAUGGAAGAAUGGCCAUUUGGAAGCUUUAUUUGUCAUUUGACGAACUUUUCAUUGAUGAUAUCGGUGUAUGUCUCUACAUUCACACUCACGGCCAUUGCCCUCGAUCGUCAGUACAUCCUGUUGUAUCCUCUAAAACCACGAAUAACCAAGCGGACUGGACUUAUAAUUUUGCUGGUGAUAUGGAUGGUAUCUUUCCUGUUGUCUUUGCCGUAUGGGAUUUAUUCUCAAGUGACAGAUGUCUUCUUCAUGAUUAAAGCAGUUAAACGAUGCAGAUCUGUAUUUCCAGAACCGAAAGAAGUGUUUGAAAAGACGCUGACCAUGUCGACAACAAUAAUUCAAUAUUUUAUUCCACUAACCAUUAUAGGUUUUUCUUAUGGACGGAUAGCGAGGAAGUUAUGGCUCCGAACUCAUCUGGGAGCAGUAACGCAUUCUCAACAACAAUUACAGAAUAGAGCAAAACGCAAAAGCAUCAAACUUUUAGUUGCAGUGGUGGUUGUUUUCGCACUCUGCUGGAUGCCUUUGAAUUUAUAUCAUAUUCUGACCGAUUUUCACCCCGACACCAGCGUUUUCAAAUACGAUAGUACAGUGUUCUUCGUUUUUCACUGGAUAGCCAUAAGUAGCACUUGUUACAACCCGUUUGUUUACUGCUGGAUGAAUGAAUCCUUCCGCAAAGAGGUAAAAUCCCGCGUAGCAUGCUUUAGAUCUCGCCACACAACUUCCUGGCGCAAACAAGAUGGUUUGCUAGGCAGAUGCGACUUCUUUUAUCGGUGCAGAAUGAAAACAAUGUCCGCUAUAUUACGCUCAGAAUCUACUUUCAGUACCAUUCCGUACUCUAACAGGUCCUGUUUGGAUUCGUCAGGCAAAUCCAAGGACGACAUUCCUUUAUUUGAAACAAGUCAUACAGUGUUUACUGAUAUUUCUAAUGCUACUCCUGAGGAUUAGAUUUUGCUUAGAUGUUUUCCAAGAUGUAUUCCAUCCAAUUUUAUAUUGCACUUUAUUUUGGUGUACCUAUUAAUGAACUUUUUGCACGUUACAUAACGCCAUCUUUGACCAAGGAAAUCACAUAAAUAUAUAUUUUAAGAACAUUCUUGUUGGUUAUAUUUUUACCCGUUUAUCUAUAAUAUAAAAGAUGUAAAUAUAUCGUUUGCUUCUUUGUUAUUUUCUAAAUUCCGAAUUUUCUUCUUCAAAGUGUCGUGGUGAUCUGCCCCGGGAGGAUCUGGAGUUAUCAAAUUUCCUAAGGGCCCGGCAGCUUUCCAGGUGUCAAAGAGUUUCUGUGACGCAUGGGCAAACUUUUAAUCAUACAUAGCCGCCUUUCAACUAGUCCGUAUAUUUAGCGAUAAAUCACUAGGACGGAUCAAAUUUCUGACUAUACAAGCUUUAAAACUAUUCAACCAUCGGUAAUUUGUAAUUAUGUAUCAGCAUUAUCAUUAUGUCUAUUUCUAAUGUUUUGUGAACAACUGCAUUUUAUAAAACGUGUUACUAUUUCUAUUUUCAUUCAUUACAAGAUUGUGUCGGUAAUAGCAAAGAGUGGCUUACGAAUGGUUGAAAAUUAUGGUGUUUUCAAACAUUAAUUUAGCGCCAGUUUUCGCACAUGAAAGAUUUGUGACUACAUUUAUGCCUUAUUGAAAUUGAAUAAAAUUAUCCCUAAAAUGAC